AUGGCCGGACCUGGUGGUGGCCCUCCUCGCAAGAGCCACACGAAGUCGAGAAAGGGAUGCAAGACCUGCAAACGAAGGCAUAUCCGGUGUGAUGAGACGAUGCCGCAAUGCCGCAAUUGCACCAAGCACAACUGCCGCUGUGACUACAUGGAUAACUUCAUAGCCCAGGAGCCAGUCACGAGCCCAAGGUGCCCGGACCUGCUCAUGUCCCCUGAAAUCGACAUGGAGAUAGACGCCUGGCAACGAUCCGGAAACCCGCCCUUUCCAGAGCUCCAGCCGAGUUCGAGGGCCUACUGGUACCGGUUUUCGAAAACCGAUCUACGACUCAUCCACCACAUCUCCGGUUUAUCGAUAGACCUGCACCGCAGAGGCUACAGCAACUGCACCGUUUGGGCUCAGAAAAUGCCAGUGUUCCUUGCGAUUGCUCUGUCCAACGAUUUUGUGAUGAGCGCCAUCCUCGCCUUGUCUGCCUCGCAUCUUGCCUGGAUGACGCAAAAUCAAGACACCGAGAAUCUCGCCUACCACCAUAGGGGCGUGGCUUUGAAAGGGCUGCACGAGGCUAUUGGUGGGUUUUCUCGCGAAAACUCUGAUGCGAUUCUGGCCGCUUCUUUGCUGCUCUCGUGGCAGGCAACUGAAUGGAGGAGCUGGGCUUCCUUACAGCAGGGCGUGUCCACCGUUCUCAAUUCAAUGCAACCAUGGUGGAAGGACGAAUCAGAACUUGCGAGGUUCAUGGAAAGUCAACGGGCAUUCCGAAGCGCACGAACGCCUAUGACGCCAACCUACCCCGGAGACAUUGGCCAAUUUCACAAUGAAGACAUCAUGAGACUCGACCGUAUUCUUGCAUCAUUGCAAAACAUCCACCAACGGAUAUCACAUAAUCAGGAGCAUUACAGGAGGAUAACAGACCUCUUGAACUUUGCCCACCGCCUCCGGGAGGAUCUGCCGAUACAAUCACCGGAGAAAGCCUUCGAAAGGCUGCAGCCUUUGAGGACGUGGCUUUUCUGGUUGCCUCCAACGAUGUUGCGAGGCGGCGACUCCGACCUGGGAGCCCUCGCCGUGCUUUCGCAGUUUUUCGGCCUCGCUCUGGCCUUGGAGCCAAUCUUCCCAGAGUUCGGUGGAUCCUAUCUUGGUACUAUGUCCGUGACUCCGAUAGAGGAUAUCCGGCGGAUAUUGUAUCACCGAAGGGCCACGAAUCCGUUUGCUCCGGAUGUACCACUUGCCUUGACCCUUAUGGAACUCCCUGGAGAGAUCGUCGCAGAAUACCGGAGCCGCCUCCAGUGGUCGCCCAGGACCUCACUUGAUGCCUACUCGCCCGGCUCACAUAGCCCCUACCAGUCGCUCCCAACACCUCACCUGCCCCCCACGCCUACCACCGCAGCGCACUACCCGACCUACACCAACUCGCCGCUGCAUUCGCCGCUCACACCGGCAAUCGUGGGGUCGCCCUAUCAAAUGCCGACGAUGCUGGAUUCGCGGCGGCAUUCCCAAGCCUACGCCACGUCACCCAGUCUGCCUCCAGACUCGAUCACCGACCGGGCCCCGCAGUACAAACACAACCCGCAUGAGCACCACUCUGCGGGCUUCAACCCGGCCUACCUGGGGAAUUUAAUCCACCCGGGAACCCCGCUGGGCAUUGAUUACAGUCAUGCGCAUUCGGUGGAUAUGACAGGAGGGUUGGUCGCCCCAGAGCUCUGUUGGACCUAA